UGACUGGCAGUCGCUGGAGUUAGCAUAGAUUUUAGUCUAUGAGUUGUUAGCUUCGGAGUGAGCAGUGCAGGAGUUUUCUCUGCCACGAAAGACAUUGGCCUUGCUUCAAGCAACACUGGGGCAUGCGUUGGAGUCUACCCAGGAAGUGCUCUGAAAGGAGAGCUUGUUUAGAGUCCGACCAGUUUCUCUAUAUCUCCCCGCACUUUGUGUGGUGCUCCAGUAUAUGCUGAGGUUACCCUUCAGCCUAACAAGCUCGCAGUUAUAUCUCCAGCCUGGUUUUAAAGAACCAACUUGCCUUUAACUCCUGAAAGAGGGAAUUUUUUAAUUUACUUUUUAAAAGAGAUGGCUUCAACCUUCAUGUGUGGAAUGGAAGAUUUGCUGUAUAGUGGCAGUCGUUUUCUGUGGACUCUGACAAUAACAGCUUUGAGAAGGUGGUACACAGAGAGAAUGCGGGCUUGUGAGCAAAUGCUAAGGACUUGGUGCGGACUACGUGAGAUUUACCAGAUGGCGGAAGGUCGACACUGUCAGGUUAAUCUCCUGGAUGACAGAAAACUGGAGCUACUCGUUCAGCCUAAGCUUCUGUCAAGGGAGCUGUUAGACCUGGUGGCAUCUCAUUUCAACCUCAAAGAGAAGGAAUAUUUUGGAAUAACAUUUAUUGAUGACACAGGUCAGAAUAAUUGGCUGCAGCUGGAUCGCCGAGUAUUGGAUCAUGAUUUGCCGAAGAAAACCGAACCGGUGGCCUUAUUCUUUGCAGUCAAGUUUUAUAUUGAGAACAUAUCAUUUCUAAAGGACAUUACCACUGUGGAAUUAUUCUUUUUGAAUGCAAAAUCCAGCAUUUACAAGGGCGACAUCGAAGCGGACAGCGAGACAGUGUUCGAGUUGGCUGCUCAUGUCUUGCAGGAAUCGAAGGGCGAUUACAUCAGCUCUGAGACUGCGAGGGAAGAACUGAAGAAGCUCCCUGCCCUUCCUACCCGAGCAUUACAGGAGCACCCAUCUCUUGCAUAUUGUGAAGACCGAGUGAUUGACCAUUAUAAAAAACUGAAAGGACUCAGCAGAGGGCAGGCGAUUGUCAAUUAUUUGACCGUGGUGGAAGCUCUUCCUACUUAUGGUAUUCAUUACUACGGAGUAAAGGAUAAACAAGGGAUUCCCUGGUGGCUUGGAAUUGGUUGCAAAGGAAUUGGGCAAUACGACUUUCACGAUAAAGUGAAACCAAGAAAGAUUUUCCAGUGGAAACAGCUUGAAAAUUUAUACUUUCGCGAAAAGAAGUUUGCGGUUGAGGUUCACGACCCUCGCAGAGUGCCGUUGUCGAGAAGAACAUUUGGACAGCCGAGUCUGGUGGUAAAUACCUGGUAUGCCAGUACCUCACUGAUAAAAUCCAUUUGGGUGAUGGCAAUAAGCCAACAUCAGUUCUACCUGGACAGAAAACAGAGCAAAGCAAAGAUUCCAUCGGCAAGAAGUCUCAGCGAUAUUGCGAUGGACUUGACUGACACUGGAAUGCCCAAAGCUUCUAAACAGACAAACGAGGAGAGAAAAAAUCCAAUUAUAACAGCUAGUAACGGCAGCCUAAUUUCCUCAGGUUCUCAGGAUUCUGAAGUGAGUGAUGAACUGAAAAAAGAAAAACGAAUUGCACUGAAACUGCGUCAAAGUGCGUUGGAAGAUGCCCUCAACCAAAGGACGGAGGAGUUAAAGAAAAUCUGUUUGCGAGAAGCAGAGUUAACUGGAAAACUACCAAAAGAGUACCCGCAAACCCUGGGUGAAGAUCUUCCACGUGUGAGGAGACGGGUGGGAACGGCGUUCAAACUGGAGGACUCCCUACUGCAAAGUGAAGAGGAUCCGCACUUACAAAACCUGGAAAGCAAAUUUGUCAUUCAGCAGAAAAUAGUGGAAGCUGCGAGGAAACUGGCCAACGAUCCCGAAAUAGGCAAGAACGUUAAAAGGAAGAGGAAGCAAGACUACAUUGAGGCUCUCAAGAAGCUGCAGGAUAUCGAGAAUGCAAGUAACGAGUACAGAAUAAAGAGUGGGAGGAAACCAAUUCCAAGAGCCUCCCUCGUACUUCCUGAUGAGAUCAUACCCUCGGAAACCAGUUCUUUAUCGGACACAAACACAGCCGACGAUGAUGACGUGCGUGGGGUGCAAAGAAAGCGAUCCUUUUCCAGCCAGCAACCACCGAGGCCACUUCCACCGCAGUCCCUCGAGCUCAAACAGAGUCGGCAAAGGAGGAGUUCUGCAAGUGAACAGCUACACGAUAAAGGACAUCUAGUCCAUCCUAGAUUCAACAACAAUGAAGGUUGCUACUUGCAGGAUAUUCUGCACGGCCACAGGGAACUGAGCUCCACACACAGCAGCCCUUACAGAUCCCAGGGUAGACAAUGCCAGGGAGGGAGAAGUAUGCCGGCCACACCAGUACUGACUCGCAAUGCUUACAGCAGCAGCCAGCUACGACCCGAUCUUUCGCCGGAUCACUUCAGGCAACGCAGCGGCAGCUUGGAAUCCCAGUCCCAUCUGCUGGACGAGGUUCCCGGCGAGAGGGCCAUUUUCCCCCUCACGGCGGCCCAGCGCAGCAGCAGCACGGAGUUGCUGGACGACGGCUCGUCCUACACCAGCCAGUCCAGCGCCGAGUACUACAGCGCCCCUAGCAAGCCCCUCCAGUACUACAACACCAUGACGGUCGGCUGUCGGUCAAGAGAAAAACGGAGACACAAGAAACCGACGAUAUCUGCCGCUCCGUCGGGAAGCAUGCCCAAUCUGGCACCGAAAGACGUGCGGAAUGGAGUUUACCAAAACUCUUACAAUCAGCCUUGCUCUGACUAUUAUAUCCCAGCAUAUCCUCAGUACAGUGACUAUGAGCCUUACGGGUAUACGUUCGAGAAUGACACCGAAGGCCACUAUAACGUCAAAGCCCCGCACAGAUCGGUGCAUUCAUACAACGCUGACCGCUACAGUCGAGACUACGGUCGCUUUUACCAGGAGGAUGUGGAGGCCAUGUCUCAGAACCCGUAUGCCACGCUGAGGAAUAUGCGCAGGAGAGGGGCCAAGAGUGAACAAAUAACCAAAAACAUUCAGAAAGCGCUGGUGGCGGAAAGCUUGCGGGGUUGGUACGAGCGAGCGUCGACUCACAAGGAUCACGGCCUGCAGGCAGGUUUGGACUCCGAGAGGGGCUCACAGCAGAGUCUGGGCUUCACGUAUAUGCAAGGUCCGUUCUCGCCGAACAACAGGGCUACGUCUUUCACAUCCGUUUCUUCAGCAGCUAGCACUGGAACGUGGCGGAGCCAGAUCACUGUGGGCGUCCAGGAUUUUGAUCAUUUACCUUAUGCAACUCCUUUCAAUAACUCCUACAGCAAUACAACAUUACACACCAGACCUUAUCCAGAAAGAAUGUAUUCGGACAGUGGAGACACAGUGCAGCUGGAAAAUGACUUGUACGAAGAUGAGCAAAUGUUGCUAUGGCAUGAAGACUCUAAACCCGGGACUCUGGUUUAGGUGGCGACUAGCUAGCUGACCUUCCACCUUCCCUGUCCAACAAGUGGAAAACGUAAUCAGUGUGCCUUGCAUCCUUUUCGAUCUGUUUGAAAUGCUUUAUUUCUACUAAUAGGAAUCACACUCGGAACAUUUCAAUGUUUUUCAUAAGGUACUCUACCUGGAUGCCGGGAUGUUCAUUGUGCAGAAGGAGUGAAAGUUUUCUAAGUUCUACACUUCACAGUUCAGUAAAGGUUCCCUUAAUAACUACAGUACAUUCUAAAGACCAACCUCGAAGUAGAUUGUGUUUAAAUUGAAGCUCGGAAGAAUGGCACUUGGAAAUCAUUUUUUUAAAACUGAAAAUGCACUUUUCAAGAUUAAGUUGAUGAAAGCAAGGGGUUCCUCAUUGAGUCUGGAGCAGAACAAGAGGAACUGUGCUUCACGCAUAGGUAUGCAAGAGGACAAAGCAGGGUAGGAAGUAAAGGAGUACUUUGCAGAUUAUUAAAUGAAGGAUGUCUUGUACUUAGGCAAGAAACUGGUGACUCUCUGAUUACUUGGACAGAGUUUAGUGGGCUUAUAGAUUUUCAAAAUGAUUAGUUGGACACCAGACCAGAAAUUAGUGAGAGAUGCAUUUUGUUAAAGGUUUUUCUGGUCUUUCUAAAGCACAAAGAUUCAUCAUACUUGUGAUUCUGAAAACCAAUUGUUAAUUUAGUCGUUAGACUUUACAAAUAGGCUUUCUUUUUGCAUGGGAGGGAGGGGGAGGGGAUGGAGUUAAUGAACUAUUGGUCCAUGUAAUGUCAAUUGUUAGUGGACCAUAUUGAGUAGCACAAUUUACCAAGUUAUGAAAUUAUGGAUCAAAUGUAGCUAAACCGCUGUGUUUCCUAAUAAAAAGCACAUGGCUUGAGAGAAGCAGGAAAAAGACUAAAACGCAAUAAAACUUUUUUUAAAACAAAGAGCACAAUCCUAAAACUGGCAGUUGAAGUCAGCACAAUCUGGUUUAAAUACUUCAGUUUGAUUAUCUGUUCAAGUUAGGCAAGAGAGCUCUUGGUUGAGAUGGUACUGUUAUGAGACAUGUGACUCGGGUAGAGUACUAUUCUCUUGCGCCACCAGAAUGUAUUAAACUUGGUUUUUAAAACAAAAAUCCCAAUCAUUUCCGACUAUUCAAGAGCUGGCAGAUGUAUAUCAGACAGAUUAUGUAUUUAUGGUGAUGAAUGAAUGCUCUGCUGAGAUUCCGAGAGUCAAUGGGUUGGGUGGUAAUCUUUUGAACACCUCAUUGUCCUCAUUGUAAUCUCCAUCUCGAGGGGGUAGGUUGGAAAAUAAUGAUGUAAAGUGCGGAGGGAAGAAUCACCCACAGUUUGGACUUCCACUAUUUACUUGAGACUUUUUGAAGAAUGACUCAAACCCAGAGAUACUAUAGUGGUUGACCCCACGGUCAAAUAACAUUCCUGUCCACUUUCACAUUGGGAUCUUUGAGCAUUAGGACCCAAGUCCACGAAACAGUCUCUCAGCCAUGGAUUACCUUUUCAGAAGAGAAAAAAGGGAUGAAAUUGGUUCCUCGCUCUUCGGCCUCUCGUUAUCAUGGUGAGGUUCAGAGGAACACGGCUCAAAACUCGUCUCUUAAAAGAAAAGUGAAUUAACAGAAACAUGAAUACAAAAAAGGAACAAUCCCACAAGUACGACUUCUGCAGGCAACAAAAUGAACCUUCGAUGUUUUCAUUUAUACAUGAAGUGCUCAUGAGGGUCACACUACCUCACUAUUUCUUUGAGAAUAUAUAUACACGUUCACCAGUUUGGGGGCCAGGCAUUCACUACGAUGCAUGAAUUUUAUAUGUUGAAUUCCUGGCAAUUUUACUCCAAGCUCUUUAACUGGUGACUCCAUGUUUUCCCUCGCUGGUGAUCCAUGGAAAGGUGCUGUCAUUUUCCUUUUGUUUUUUUUUAUUGAUAAUUGUGUUUAUGUAAAGAUUUGAAUUGACUUUUUUUGUGAGCAUUUUUAUUAUUGUUGUUCCAAAGCAUGUAAUAUAUAGUAAAACUAAUUUGGUAAGCUGGUUCUUAGUCAUUUUUUUAAUUCAAUGAGAAGUUUCAAUUCAUGUGGAAAAUUUGGAACAAAGCGUUUAACUUAUUCUUUUGCAUAUUUGUACAGCUUUACCCAGAGAUACUGACAUUUUUGUGUAUGCCUUUACAUUAUACUCCUGUCUUCCUUGCUUUGAUAAAAAUGUGCUUUUAAGAAAAAAAAAAACAGGAGACCAGUAAAUAAAAGUGUAUGGAUAUCA